CCCCGCCUGCUGGCCGAGAUCGGCCGCGGCGCCUAUGGCGUGGUGUACGAGGCGGUGUCAGGCCGUAGCGGCGCCCGGCUGGCGGUGAAGCGGAUCCGCUGCGACGCUCCCGAGAACGUGGAGCUGGCGCUGGCCGAGUUCUGGGCCCUGACGAGCCUCCGGCGGCAGCACCCCAACGUGGUGCGGUUCGAGGAGUGCGUCCUGCAGCGGCACGGCCUGGGGCAGCGCAUGAGCCACGGCAACAAGCGCAGCCAGCUCUACCUGCGCCUCGUCGAGACCUCCCUCAAAGGUGAGAGGAUCCUGGGCUAUGCAGAGGAGCCUUGCUACCUGUGGUUUGUCAUGGAGUUCUGCGAAGGGGGAGACCUCAACCAGUACGUGCUGUCCCGGAGGCCCGACCCAGCCACCAACAAGAGCUUCAUGCUGCAGCUGACCAGCGCCAUCGCCUUCCUGCACAAGAACCACAUUGUCCACCGGGACCUGAAACCAGACAACAUCCUGAUAACUGAGAAAUCUGGCACCCCCGUGCUCAAGGUGGCUGAUUUUGGGCUGAGCAAGGUCUGCGCUGGCCUGACUGCUCGGGGCAAGGAGGGGGGGCAUGAGAACAAAAAUGUGAAUGUGAACAAGUACUGGCUGUCCUCGGCCUGUGGCUCUGAUUUCUACAUGGCACCCGAGGUGUGGGAGGGACACUACACUGCCAAGGCUGACAUCUUUGCCCUGGGCAUCAUCAUCUGGGCCAUGAUUGAGAGGAUCACUUUCAUUGAUGCAGAGACCAAGAAGGAGCUGCUGGGCACUUACAUCAAGCAGGGGACGGAGAUUGUGCCUGUUGGGGAAGCGCUGCUAGAAAACCCAAAGAUGGAACUGCACAUCCCUCAGAAACGCAGGACUUCCAUGUCUGAGGGGAUCAAGCAGCUCUUGAAAGACAUGUUGGCUGCUAACCCGCAGGAUCGACCUGAUGCCUUUGAGCUUGAAACCAGAAUGGACCAGGUUACAUGUGCUGCUUAAAUUCAGGGCAGGGCACUGCUGUGCUUUGCAGCUGGAUUUAUUUACCAGGGACCCAUAAUCUCCAUUAUUUAUGUGCAACAAGGAAGUCAAAGAUAAGGGAAGCUGAUGAUGCAGAAGAUCCCUGGUCUACUGGAUCUCUGGCAAUGUGAAAUAGUUGGAUGUUACUUUUUUGCAUUGGGAAGGGGUGUUAUGAGGGUGUGGGAGGGGGCUUCAGGGGCCUGUGGAAGAUCUCAAGCUGGCAGCUGUCACACUCAGAGGACUUUGAAACAAGAUCCAGAGAGCAAAGCUGCCCUUGCCCAGCCCUCCCCAUGUCUCCCAUGCUGCUGUUUGACUCAGUAGAUGUUUCAUAAGGAAGUGGGAAUCAGCAGCCUGAUGGUGAGGUGUGCUGCCAGGCACCAGCUCCGAGUCCAGCUGGGCACAGUUUUGGGUUCAAAGCUAUUGAUUUUGCCUAGGGAAAAUGGGAGCAAAGUGGUGGCUAGGUUUGCAUUGGGAGUGCAGUGCUUUAGGAAAAACGAGUCUCUUGGACCACACAUUGCAAGCAGCUAAAUAACUUCAUAGCCAGGCAGCUCCUGAAUAGGUGGUGCUGCCCAGGCUUGUGAGCAGCUGACAUUAGGAUAGAGUAGGAUAAAUAAGCUGGAAAGCCAUUUGGCAAAGCAGGUCUUCCCAAGCUGGAUUUCAUGAUGAUCUUUGUUACUGUCUUUCUGUUCAGAGGCAACUGGGGAGCUGCUGAGUUCAUUUUCAGGUUGACAUUAUCUGAGUACAGGAGAAACAGAAAGCUGUCUACUCCUCUGAUCCAUUUAAUGCCAAACUUCAGUCAAUAGGAACAAUUCUGUGGAGAGAAGGUUUGGCCUUAAUACGUCAUGGGCUGGGUUCUAGCCUCCCACGGGACACUUUUCCCUGCUAGCUAAUGAUCUCCAGGAAGCAAAAGGCAAUGCUGCUAUUCAGGGUGGGUUACAGUACAGUACAGCUCAGGUCAGGAGAUUGGAACCUCAGGCUGAGCAGUUAAUACUCAAUUUCCUUGCCUAUACUUAAAUCAAAACUCCUAUUCUGUGGCUGCCCUGUGUUGAUGAUCUUUAGACUUUGCUCACUGUAAAUGCAAUGUAAAGCACCACCUCUUCUCUACCCUGCAGCUUCUGAACCACCUAAAAUGUUUCUCAGCAGGUGAAAUCUCCUGGCAGUGGUUUGGGAAGUGGGCUGGUCUGACCCAGCAUCACUCCUGAGCUGCCAGGGUGCUCUGUCUGGAGUUGGCUGUGGCCACAGGCAGGAGGGGGUCCCCUGGCCCCCUCAUUCCUGGCUGUGGGAACUGCUCCUUGCCUGCAGCUUUCCUCUGUCAUCACUGGAAGGUUCCUAACUGGCAGCACCUCCGUUUAUCUCCUCAGUGUACUAUACUGACCUCACAGGAACUAAUGGAAAUGGAGGAAAUUCAGGUGGGCUCAGGCAGAGCAGGGAAAGGAUGGAGAGUCUUCUUUCUUCUCUUCCAUCUUUUGCAGGACACAAAACAAAAGCUGUGGCUGCAGGAAGGCCUGGUCCUUCUUAGGAGGGCCAGGAGGCUCCAGACUGGCUGUCACUGACUUGUGAAGGUUUGGACAGCACAAAUGCACUGCCAAGCCCUUCUUCUCACACUGUGCUUGUGUUUGUCUCUAGGGAUGCUUCUAUGGGCUGCAGCUGGGUGGGAUUCCUGCAGCUUCCUGUGCUGCAUCCCGCAGGAAGGGGAGAAUGAACCAUUUAGCUCACAAGUGCAGUGUUAGUGCCCUGAUUGCUGGACCAUCCUUCCUCCACCUGGCAGAGCUUUUGCUCCUUACAGCUGUUCCAACUGAACCCUGGCCUGAAUGGGUGCAGGAAGAGGGCAGGAGGUGAAGCUGGAAGGCAGUGAGUGGAUUGCCCUGUUCUUACGACAGGACUGAGUCCAGCAGGCCCUAGGAGGGUCAGCCCCCUUGGUCCAAUGCUGUUUCAGGCCAUCUUCAAACCACACGGUUCCACCUCAGCUCUUGCAUUGCAAAUGUGUUUUUCAAGCAGCUUGAUUCUAGUGAGCUAGACCGUAGUGCCUUACUUAGGAUUUAGCAAACACUUCCAAGGAGGAGUCCUAGGGCUGCUAGCCUUUGGCCAAUGUGGAUGUUUCCCUGAUUAGUUUGUCGUUUUAAGAGCAUUUCUCUCUGAUUUUGCUGCUGUUUGUGCUCAGCUCCCCAGACUAUACAGGAACCUGCCUUGUGUUUACAGCUCCCCACAUCUCUCCUUCAGUUACUUUGGCCCAGACCAGCACUCCCUCUAGAACAAGGUGGGAACAGGUAACAGCUCAAACCUGCAUAUGCUGUGGGAUGGAGAAUGUUUAGGCUUCUCUUCCCAGGUGGGUCUGUUGGGCCUCACUUGCUCAGCUCCUGCAGGCCAAACUUCUUCCUCUGCUGUGGAUGUUUGGCACUAGGAAGCAGUGCUGGGAAAAUCCAAGUUUAAGAAAGCAGCACCAAGCCUGUGGCCCAUUUCCCAGCCCAGGGCCAUGCUGUUUGUCUCUUCCUGGCUGCAGUGAAGCUGAGCAUCCAGGUGCUGGGGGUAGCUGGUUAGUGUGGGGGGAGCCAAGCCACCCUUGCAGAACUCUCUGGGUUUGUGCUGCCCCAGAUGGUGCCAGGGGAGUGAUUGUAUGAAACUGUUUACUUCUGAUUUUGCUGUUUACAAGAGGGAUGUUGGGUGGGUGGGGGGAACAAGCAAAGCCUCAGGAGGAUUGGGAAACGUGUUAUCUGCACCAGCCUGCAGCAAGGCCAAUACCACUGGCAUCAUGCAGGUGUCACGGGGAUCUCCCAGCCAGCUUUGGUCCAUGGGGAGGAAAGCAGAGGUGGCUCUAGCUUAGAGGGGUUAGAUUAGCUCCCCUAUAUCCCCUUGCUGCUGUGUUUGAGGUUCAGCAGUGCUAGUGACAGAUAAGAGUUACCCCUGUGGUCUUCCUUUACUCCUCAGGAUCCAGCUCCUUCACAUAUCACAGGCUCCCAGAGCCUUUCUGGAGCAAUAAGAUGUAAAACAAGCAUUACCAUCGUUGUGGAAAUCCUCUGUUGUGUGCAGUGUCUCUCUUCCGUAUGCAGUAUGAGUCUGGGUUUAAGCCUGCCGAGCAUCACAGGGCAGCUGCUGCAGGGCACAAACUGGGAUUUGUUUCCUUGGGCUUUCUGCAGGUCAGGAGAACAGGGAAACACACUGCUGCUUUCCUUCCUUACCCCAGGCCUGUGCUGCCCAAAGCCUCACACUACAGCUACCUGCGGCAAGGGUGCUCCUGGUCCCCUUUUUAGCAAUGCUGGCAUGGGAGGGUGAGAGGAGCUCAAUGCUGUGCUCUGCUCCUCACAGCCCCCAUCCCAUCAGCAUUGGGAAAGCAGAGCCCCCAUUUCCCUUGCACCAGGAUGCAGGCAAUGCUUGUGCCACUGGGAAGAGUUGUGCCAGUGGCUUCUGUGCUCCUCAGCUGGUUAUAGGCACAUCCAGCGUGUGGGCCCUUCAAGUCCAGAAACAUUUCACACUUCAGGGUGUCUGGGGUGGUGGGUGUUGCUGGAAGGGAAGUGCAGGGAGCUGCUCUCUUCCAGCUGUGAUCUGCCAGAUCAUUUCUCUGCAGCCUGCCCAAAAGCUUUUAGCCCUGAGGGUGUAUCUAGGCUGGUGGAAGAGCUCACAGGGGCCACACAGGAGUGCCUGGUGUCCCCAGCCUGGUGCCUGUUCCCUCCACAGCAGCUGCCCAGGCCAGCAUGGACCUUCAGCUCACUCACCCAGCAGAAAACAGCAGCUUUGCAGGGUGAGCUUCUUCACUAUCACACCAGCGGAGGCCUGGGACACCCUGCCCCAGCCCUGCUGAGGGCUCUCCCCAUUCCCCACAACUCCUGUGCUGAGCUAGUAAGAGCAGAAGGUUUAAA